AUGAGUCUAGGGAUAGCCAGGGAGGCCGAGGCCCGGGACGAAAAGGCCCAGGAGCACGUGGAGUCGUCCCGAGCGCAGCACAAGACGUUCUGGCAAGCGGCCAUGCCCGUGUUUGCGUGUGGUGCCGGCCUGUUCUCGGACGGGUAUAUCAACAACGUCAUUGGGUCGGUCAACACGGUCUUGGGAAUCCAGUAUGGCCCGUUGUACAAGGACUCCCAGGCCGCCAAGUACGUCGCUGACAUUGCCUUUGCCGGGACCGUCGUCGGCCAGCUGCUGUUUGGCUUCCUGUCGGACCGCUGGUCCCGGUCAAACUCGCUCGUCGUGUCCACCGUCAUCCUCAUCGUCUUCACGGCCCUCGCGGCGGCCUCGUACUACCGCGGCGAAACCGCCGGCAUGUUCAGCAUGCUGGCCGCCUGGCGCUUCUUUGUGGGCAUCGGCAUCGGAGGCGAGUAUCCCGCCGGCAGCGUCGGGUGUGCCGAGUCGACGAGCGACUUGAAAAGGGGCACCAGGCACCGGUGGUUCAUCCUCUUCACCAACACCAUGAUCAACUGUGGCUUCGUCUUUGGCGCCUUCCUGCCCUAUGUCAUCGCGGCGGCGGCGCACAACACGCACUACAGUGCCGUCUGGCGAGCCAGCCUCGCCGUCGGCGUUGCCUUCCCGCUCGUCUUGCUCCUGCUUCGUCUGCGGCUGAAGGAACCGCCCGAGUUCACCAAGGAGGCCAUGCGGAAGCAGACGCCGUACCUUCUCGUGCUCAGGUUCUACUGGUUCCGCCUCCUGUCCGUCAGCCUGAUUUGGUUCCUGUACAACUUCUCCGUGUACGCCUUCGGCAUCUACUCGUCGUCGAUCCUGAGCGGCCUGUACGGCGGCCGGGCGCCGCUGACAACCGUGUUCGGGUGGAACACCGUCAUCAACAUGUUUUACCUGCCAGGCUCCAUCAUCGGCUCCUUCGUCAGCGACAAGCUGGGGCCCAAGCACACCCUCGUGCUCGGCGUCAGCGCCCAGGCCGUCGUGGGGCUCGUCAUGGCCGGCGUCUACGGCCAAAUCUCGACGAGGGUCGCCGCGUUCGCCGUCGUCUACGGCGUCUUCCUGUCGCUCGGCGAGCUGGGCCCCGGCAACAACAUUGGCCUGCUCGCCGCCAAGACGUGCGCCACGGGCGUGCGAGGCAGAUACUACGGCAUCGCGGCGGCCGUGGGCAAGAUCGGCGCCUUCAUCGGCACCUGGGUCUUCCCGUACAUCCAGGCCGCCGGCGGCAACAGGGUCCAGUCUGCGCAGUACCCGUUCUGGGUCGCGUCGAGCCUUUGCAUCCUGUCUGCUGCCAUUGCCUUUUUCUGCGUCCCCGACAUUGGGCAGGAUACGAUUGCCGACGAGGACGUUCGCUUCCGCGACUAUCUCGAGGGUCAGGGCUGGGACACGCGGCAGCUUGGCUUCGGCGUCGAUACCCAAGGGUCGGAGGAAGAGAGGCCGGAACGCGCGCAAAGGGCAGACUAG